ACGCGCUUGGUUUGCUCAGUGGUUCUUGUCAGCUGCCGGUUUUGAGUCUGUCAGGGCGCUCGUUAUGGCCCACGCUGCUCUCCUCAUUCUGCCGUUAUUGGCUGCUCUAGUCCUAGCCGACCCUGCUGUGUACUUCAAAGAAGAAUUUAAUGAUGGAGAUGGCUGGACACAACGCUGGGUGGAAUCAAAACACAAAUCAGACUAUGGCAAAUUCCUGUUGAGUUCUGGGAAAUUCUAUGGGGACGUAGAAAAGGACAAAGGUUUGCAGACCAGCCAAGAUGCUCGCUUUUAUGCUCAGUCAGCACGCUUCGAGUCCUUUUCUAACGAAGGAAAAACACUGGUGAUUCAGUUUUCUGUGAAACAUGAGCAGAACAUUGAUUGUGGUGGCGGAUAUGUCAAACUCUUCCCCUCUGGCCUUGACCAGUCUGAAAUGCAUGGAGAGUCUGAAUACAAUAUCAUGUUCGGCCCAGAUAUUUGUGGACCACCCACCAAGAAGGUGCAUGUAAUCUUCCAAUACAAGGGAAAGAACCUUCAGAUCAACAAAGACAUUCGCUGCAAGGAUGAUGUUUAUACCCACUUGUACACUUUAAUUGUACGCUCGGACAACACCUAUGAGGUAAAAAUUGACAACAGUAAGGUUGAGUCUGGCAGCCUUGAAGAGGACUGGGACUUCCUGCCUCCCAAGAAGAUAAAGGACCCUGAGGCCACAAAGCCAGAUGACUGGGAUGACCGGCCAAAGAUUGAUGACGUGAAUGACAAAAAGCCUGAGGAUUGGGACAAACCUGAGCACAUCCCUGACCCAGAUGCUGUGAAACCUGAAGAUUGGGAUGAGGAGAUGGAUGGUGAAUGGGAGCCUCCUGUUAUCCAGAAUCCAGAGUACAAGGGAGAAUGGAAGCCUAGCCAGAUUGAUAACCCUAACUACAAAGGCAAAUGGGUCCACCCAGAGAUCGAUAACCCAGAAUACACAGAAGAUUCUACCCUCUACCAGUAUGACAGUUUUGGCGUUCUUGGUCUGGACUUGUGGCAGGUGAAAUCUGGUACAAUUUUUGACAACUUCCUUAUAACAGACGAUGAGAAGUUUGCAGAAGAGUAUGGAAACGAGACAUGGGGCGUAACAAAGGAGGCAGAAAAGAAAAUGAAGGAACAGCAGGAUGAGGAGGAACGCAAGAAGCAGGAGGAGGAAGACAAGAAGAGGAAGGAGGAUGAGCCACAAGAGGAGGGAGAGGAGGAAGAGGAUGAUGACGAAAAGGAGGAAGAAGAGAAGGAAGAGGAGGAUGAUGAUGAUGAAGAAGAAUCCCCUUUGAAAGAUGAGCUUUAAAGAUGGCACUGCAUUGCUGUCCUUCCCACCCUGUGCUCUCCCCUUCCCUGGGCUUUCAUGUCUUAGUUAGGAGAGGGGAAAUGGGAUAGUUCUGUCUCUAUGAGACUCUGAAUUUAUAUAUAUAUUUUUUACUGUUUUUGUUUUAACCCUUUAUCGGAAGAUCUGUCAAUCUUCCCUCCCCAUCUCCUCUCUCCUUGGCUUCCCUUUUUUCAUUCUGACCACCUACUCAUCCCUUAUUUCAGUCUCCUAGUCUUUAAAUUCCUUAAUUUCUCUACUUGUCCAUCUCAUCCCUUAAGUGUAUUAAGCCUGCUGUUCUCUUGAGAUUUAUGCCACCUCUAGGAGGGAAAGGCUUAAACUAUAGAAAUUCUUUAAUUUUGGCCCACUAGAAAGGACUUCCCCCUUUUUUUACACCUCUUGAUCACUGUGGAUGAAACUCCUUGAAGCCUUGUUAGACUUCCCAUUGCAGAGGAUUUUCCUCUCCUAAUGCAGUAUCAACAAAUUCAGUAUUCUGUUGUCACACGUGGACUGUCUCUUGACUGAAGUUGUAAACAAGCCAGAUGCCAUGAAGAUGGCUGCCCCAAGCAAGCUUGUCUCAUAUUGGCCAGUUCAAUAAUGCAGAUGCAGUAAUUUAAAAAAAAAAAAUCUGCCUUAUCGAGUGGGCUUUAUAACCAGCAUAGCUGGUUGUGUACAAGACGGCUUUGUAUUGCUUUUCAGCAAUUGGACUAAUCAUAGUGACAAUGAGGAACUGCAUUUAAAAUGGAUUCUCUAAACUUAUUAAGAGACUUGUUUACUGAAUCUAGAUUGCUGCUCUUUCCAGUUUGCCGAAGAGCUUUAUUUGUGGCUGUACAGAACUACUAUAAUGGGCUUUCUGCUCUACUCACCUCUGACAUCAAAUGGAGGCACAGUGUUAAAACUUUUGCCAAGACCUGCUUCCCUCAUAGUGCCCGGCAGUGCGUUGAAAGGGGAAAUCUGUUUCUUUUGUUACCCUUCCAAAGUUUCUUUUGCCUCUAAUUUAUAGCCGGCAGGGCUCAUCACAAACUGUAUGAUUGUUUUGGAAUGUACAGAUGUUCGUUCAGUUUCUAAUUAAAUAAGUUUGUGUCCA